AUGUCGAAAUAUAUUUUAUUAUCAUUUGGUCUUAUAUCAUUCUUAUUUUUUACAUCAUUUAUCUCAUGUGCCUCAUUAUCUCAUCCUACGUCUUAUUCAAAAAGUGAUGAUUAUUCUCCUUCGAUUACUAGUGAAGAAGGUGAUAUAAGAUUUAUAUCACCUAAUCGAUAUCUACGAUCAUCAGUGAAUUAUCCACGUGCAAAUCGAAAUCAAUGGUUUCGUGUAUCAACUUAUCAACAUUUCAAACCAUCAGGAAUGGAUGAAACACCUAAUGCUGAUCAUCUUAUGCGAUGGGGUUGA